AUGGACGGUCUAAAACGCGCAAGGAUAAAACGUGGCGCUCAACGUGCGCAAGCAACUAAAAUUUGGAACGAAGCUGAACUACUCAUAAACGGUGAAACGAACGAAGUUAAUAUUGAGAAACUACGGGUCAUUCUGGCAACGUACGACGCGAAAAUCGAAUUACUUCGAAAGUUGGAUGAAACUGUAUCAGAUCUAAUCGAAGACGAAAAGGGCUUAGAGACGGAGAUCGUUGAAGCCGACGACUAUUUAACGGAACUAACUAAAAAGAGGUACACCAUAGAAUUCUUUAUCAAUCAAAGUACAAUCCAUAGUAAUUCGUUAGCUAGCCCUAUGGCUACCACAACACCACAAAACGGACACGGUUUUCCUACUCAAAGUACGCCGCCACAAUCGCACAAUACAAAUAGUCAUAGAUUACCAAAGUUAGCACUGCCAGUAUUUAGCGGCAACGUGUUAAAAUGGCAAACCUUUUGGGACUCUUAUAAGGUCGCUAUUUUGUAUGUCGCUUAGGCUGGAGUUUUCAAAAAUUACAUAUCUCAAAGCUCAAGUGUCAGGUGAAGCCGCGCAAUCAAUCGAAGGUUUACCGCUUACAGAGUCAAACUACGCGCAAUGUAUUGCAAUUUUGGAACAGAGAUUUGGUCAACCCCACAAGAUAACUAACGCACACAUGCAAGCCUUGUUAGAUCUACCAUGCCCUUCAAAUUCAGUGUCUACCUUGCGCCAAUUUUACGAUAGCAUGGAAAAUCAUAUUCGAGGUCUCGAGGCGUUAGGAAAGAAACAAGAUACCUACGGUGACCUUUUAAUCCCCAUUGUUUUGGGUAAACUUCCCACUACAAUCAAGCACAACUUAAUUCGAGAGAACGGUUCAACUAAAUGGUCAGUAGAACAAUUACGCAAAUCAAUUUUGAAAGAAAUUCAAAUACUAGAAGCUGGGGAAGAAACAGACUCUUUCAGUCAAAUUAGUCAAUUAGGCAAACCUGUCAACACCCUACCAUCAACAUCGAGCCUACUGACAAACGCAUCCGGAAAGUUUGGAAACCAUGCCAACGCAAAAGAAUUUUACGCACCUAAAAAUCGCCCUACAAACAAGAGUUUAUGCAUUUUCUGUUCGGGCCAUCAUCGCCCUAACGAGUGUACUGUAGUAAAGGAUCCCACAGCCCGUAAGAAUAUUGUUUUCCAAGCGAAGUUAUGUUUUAGCUGUUUGAACAAUCACCGCGUAUCUGAUUGUAACUCGAGAAAUCGCUGUCGAGGGUGUCACAAGAAACACCACACGAGUCUUUGUAAUGAAACGAACAAAGAUGCAACAAAAAAUACCAGGAAAAAUCAUCCGCCGAAUAACGACGCACCGAAUAUUACGACGCAAGUUCAAAACGCGAAAACCAAUCCACCCGUCGACAAAACCCCAGACCGUGUCCACACGUCUCUGUCAGUCAACGACUACUAUGGGAGACAAACACUCCUCAAAACUGCCAUUAAUACGAUAGCAACACAGAACAAAAUAGCGACAGCACACAUUCUCUUUGAUGAAGGUGCUCAACGUUCCUUUAUCACUCAAAGUUUAGCUGACGAACUCGAACUUACGCCUGAAGGAAGUGAAACCUUAAAUCUAUCAGUCUUUGGCGGGUCUUCGACUUCUAUCAAACAAGUAGACAUGGCUACGAUUAAUCUCAACACCGAAGAUGGCGAAAAAAUUCCUUUACAGGUAUUGAUAAUUCCCACAAUCGCAGUUCCGCAGAAAAGUUUCCCCACCGCCGAAAUUCGAAACCUCCCACACCUCAACGGCUUGAAACUUGCACACCCUAUGACGACUGAUGAUCAUUUCCACAUAUCCCUCUUGAUUGGCGCGGACCACUACCGGGACGUUGUCGAAGACGAAAUCGUUAGGGGACCGGGCCCCACUGCAGCGAAAUCUAGAAUCGGUUACUUGCUUUCUGGACCAACAACUGGGCCAGCUGUUGCGACAACAUCACUCAAUGCAACCAUCUUGAAAGUCAUUGUUUCAAAGGAACACGAAAGUAAAGCUUUAGAACGAUUUUGGAAUCUAGAAUCUAUUGGGAUUCUUCCAGACGAAAUAACAACCCACGAAGACAAGUUUGUUAAGGAAUAUCAGGAUUCUUUAAUACGACUCGUGAAUGGCCGAUACUGUGCAAAGUUACCAUGGAAACCUAACCAUGACCCCCUUCCCACCAACGAAGCAGUAGCGCGAGGAAGAACCCGUUCCUCUGUAAGGAGAUUAGCCAAAGACCCCAAGACCGUGCAAACCUACAGUGAACUUAUUAACGAACAGUUAAAACGAGGUUUUAUUGAAAGAGUUACAAAUCCAGAAACAUCAAACUGUUAUUACCACUACAUCCCACAUCACGCUGUAUUAAAAGAUUCCCCUACGACACCUAUUCGUAUUGUGUACGACUGCAGUUGCAGCUCAAAUGCCGACCAAGCAAGCCUGAACUCAUGCCUUUCCACUGGCCCCUCAGGCCGAUUAAUGCUUGGCUUUGCUUGGCUCUGCCCACGCUUGACGUGCUAUCUCCGCGCGAGUUGUGCACGCGAUUAAACAUAUCUAGCGUGUUGCUAUUUUAGUGCGUUUUAGCGUUCGAAUGAAACUGAAAUUGAAUAAAUAUGAGCUGUUGGAUCAUAUUAGAUUAUAGCAACCAGCAGGGAUGGUAAAUUAUUAGUUUUUCUUGUACAAUUGGUCGUUCUAUUGUAUAAUACAUCAUAUGCGAUAUGCGGCGACCUUUGACUUUGAUAUAUAAUAUAAUAUAAAGUUCGCUAUUGCGGGUUUUUAUGUCUGAAUUAUUCAACACUGAUUUGUGAUCCCUCUUUAGCUUCCCACGCACAGAAAAAUAUUUGAAAUACAAAUAAGUACCCAGCAUAUGGCUGGUUAUCAAACUUUUUUGGGGUGGUGACGUUUUAGUGUGACAUAUUUCUCUUAAAACUCUUAAGGGCGCAAUAAAUGUUGUUGUUGAAAUAUAAUAUCCUUUCAUAUAAAGACUCAGACUUGUGUCGAAUAUUCUGUUCAAUAUAUAAACGAACAUGUGUAUACUUAUCAUAUUGUAUUUCUGUACAUAUUAUUCUCUCUGUUCCUCACAUAUUAUUUGAAUGCACUACUUAUUAGUUGCAGUUUGUUAGUCAUUGUCAUUGUAUGUAUAUUUGUAUUUCAUAAUAUUUUGUUUCACGGCAGGGGCCUAUAAUGAUUAUGGCGUGCGCGAAUUCAUCACGCGGAAAACGCGUUGGACUUGCCGACACAUAAGACAACGUUAAUGUAGGUAGUUAAUACGUAGAUUAUAUCCAGAGUACAGCCAACCUUGGUCCCACAAUUAGAAUUGUAAGCAUUGUAAUCUGGAACGAUCGUUUUAGUGCAAAUCAUAUUGACAUUGUGCGAGACAUUGUUGUAUUCAUAGCAAUAUUUUCAUAUCUGCGGCAAAAUCUUCAAGUUUCUAAUCGCAGCAUUGCAGUAUAAGAGUAAAAGCUUCCGUGAUAAUAUUUUUGUACAUAUCCAUGAAUGUUUAGUGUGUCGGCAAGCCGUGUUUUAAAACAUUAAGUUAAUGUCCAUUAUCACCGACUAUAUCUUGUCACGUGACCAGUUUCCAUGGAAACCAAAGAGUUAAAAAAUAUCGGCAGUUGAUUUCCAACAUCUCAACCAAAAAUGAGAGUCAUAGUGUGCUUUGUUAAUUUUUAAUUAAUUUUUAAAGAUUUUUCCUAUUUCCCGACUCCUUACGAAAUUGGAGCCAUGCAUUAAUGCACCUGAGCCUGACAUCCUUAAUGAUAUGACCGCCAUACUCGUCCGUUUUCGAUGCUAUCGGUAUGCUUUAACCGCUAACAUAGAAAAGGCCUUCCUGAACAUCUCUCUAGAUGAAGGAGAUAGAGAUGCAACAAGAUUUUUUUGGCUAUCCGACCCAACCAACCCCGAAAGCAGCUUUGACGUAUAUCGGUUCAAAUCUAUCUUGUUUGGUGCAUCGUGUUCCCCGUUUAUCUUGAAUGCAACGAUCAAGAAGCACCUUGACAGCUACAACGAUCCAAUCGCACAACGAAUGAAAGCCGACAUCUACGUCGACAACUUGGCUUCUGGCACAGAUAACGAAGACGAAGCCGCGAUCUACUUCAAACACACCAGAUCCGUAAUGUCUUCUGCCAACUUCAAUUUACGUGAAUGGAACUCGAACAGUUCAAAGAUUUGUGCACUCGCCAAUGAAGAAAAUGCUCAAGACGACAACACCGAAGCAAAACUGCUUGGUCUUCGCUGGAACAGUAAAGUCGAUACGCUGAAGCUUCAAGAAAAACGUCCAGUUACUGAUCCCAAUGAAAACGUGGUGUCCAUAACUAAGCGAGAUGUUUUACGAGCGUCUUCUAAGAUAUAUGAUCCCCUCGGUCUCAUCACUCCUAUCACUAUUCGUGCCAAGAUCUUCCUUCAAAAGCUCUGGGAACUGAAGUAUGCUUGGGAUGAACCGCUACCAAAACCACUGAUUGAAAAAUGGGUCAAACUUUCCAGAGACCUAGAAGCUGCAACUCAGACCGAAGUUCAACGCACAGUGGCGUAG